CAGAAAAUCGGUAACAGGAAAAACAAUAGAAGAAGAGAGUAGAAACCCUACAAAAAUGGCGGAGAAAUUGGCUCCUGAAAAACGACACAGUUUUCUUCACAACGGCGAGAAGGUAUUUGAAUGGGAUCAAACCUUGGACGAGGUGAAUAUUUAUAUAAACUUGCCGCCGAAUGUUAGCUCCAAGCAGUUUUAUUGUAAGAUUCAAUCCAAACAUGUCGAAGUUGGAAUCAAAGGAAACCCUCCUUAUCUCGAUCAUGAUUUGUUCUCCCCGGUGAAGACGGAUUCAUCUUUCUGGACACUAGAGGAUGAUAUAAUGCACAUUACCCUGCAAAAGAGGGACAAGGGUCAGACGUGGUCCUCGCCAAUACUAGGUCAGGGUCAGCUGGACCCUUAUUCCUCCGAUCUCGAGCAGAAGCGUCUCAUGCUUCAGAGGUUCCAGGAAGAGAACCCGGGUUUCGAUUUCUCCCAAGCUCAGUUCACGGGAAGCUGUCCUGAUCCCAGGACCUUUAUGGGUGGCAUCCGUUUUGAUUGACAGUCUUCAUAUGCUGGUUUGGUUACUUACGUUGUCUUGUUAUUAAGUAAAUAAACAAUCUAAUGUGCUUUCUCUUGUUUGUGGUAAGGCUUGAAAUAACUUAUCGACUCGGCUAUCGAUUCGUGUAAUAGUAUUACUACAGUGCGGUUUGUGAACCAUGCUCAAAUAUAAUGUAAGAAAUUGAGUUUGUCUUAUGGACCUUAA